AUGACCAAGGCCAACUCCAUCUCCUCCCCAGCUGAACCCGGCUCGCGACUUACUCAGAUUGGUGAUCCUCUUGGUGACCCUCACUUGUAUCGUAGCAUUGUUGGUGUUCUUCAGUAUGUCACUAUUUCUCGUCCUGAAAUUUCUUAUGCUGUUAACCGUGUUUGUCAGUUCAUGCAUUCUCCUACUGAAAUUCAUUGGAAAGCAGUUAAAAGGAUUCUAAGAUACUUAAGUGGUACUCUUGAAUAUGGUCUCACUCUUUAUCCUUCCAAAGAUCAUCAUCUUGUUGCUUUUUCCGAUGUCGGUUGGUCCUCCCGAAAACAGAAAGUGGUUACCCGUUCUAGCACUGAAGCUGAGUACCGUGCCAUAGCUUUUGCUACCACUGAAUUGGAUUGGGUUCGUGAGCUUCUGCGUGAACUUCAUCUCUCUACUGCUAAAGCUCUUAUGCUUAGGCCGGCUUGA